CAAAGCCAGCCAGGUCUUUAAAGCGCUCAAUGAGAACCACAUGCAGGAUGACGGAGGCUGGGCUGUGACUAAGCCUGCCUGCCUGGCUGAUUGAGAGGAUCCGCGCUGAAAGAAACCCUCCUGACAUUUCCAAGGCACGGGCGUGUAGGGAGAGGAGCUGAGGAGGGGGGGAGAAAAACAAGGAAAAGCGAAGACAAAAACCCUCGUGUUGAAGGCGAAAGUGGCGUUCGGUAAUCGACAAAGAAGAAAAGACGAGCCAUGUCCGGUGCGAUUGUGCGGAGGAACUCCAGCAAGAAAAUGCAAAAUCUGCUAAGGCUGACCGCUCAGCGGAGUAUCGAAGACGAAGAGGAGGUGGCGCGAGAGCAGCGGCGAAGGGCACGAGAGGAGCAGAGGAGUCUGAGUAACUACCACGACUCGAGCCCCGACGGCACAGACAUCACAUCCCCCAGAGAGGACAACCAGUAUGACGACGAUUUCAAGCCUUCCCUCCAAAGCGCACUGGAUGAGGACGAGGGGUUCAGCGACUGGACACAAAGGCUGGAGCAGCACCGGCAGCAGCGUCUGGAGGACGUCCAGCAGGAUGAGGAUGAGCUGCUGAUGUCGUCUCGCCGGCCGUGGGGAACACAGGAAGGAGAGGAGCAGCACCAGAGGAUGGAGACGAGCCGCCGGAUCUCCCAGAGGGCAGAGGUGGACGGCGAGCAGUUGGAAGUGGCGCAGGGGUCCCGGAUGAGGAAGGAAGGAGCGAGGGUCACAUCAGAGAUGGCCAACUGGAGUGAGGAGACGGGAAGCGGUGCGACCCGAGAGGCCUUCCUGCAGCGGGACGUCCAAUGCAAGCAGAGCAACGGCAGUGCGGCUCAAGAGGAGGUGGAAGAACAUGAGCCCAGCAGCAGGAGGACAUUGAGACACUUGAGCCUGUCUGAAGAGGACGACCAAGAAGCCAUGUCCGAGGCCGAGGCCAAACUCGAGAAGAUCCGCCGCAGCCUGGAAGAGAAGGAGAGCCAGGAGUACGAGCGUCUGCGCCAGAAGCAGGCCGAGGCGGAGAUGGAGCUGGAGGAGCUGCAGAAGAGGAGGGAGGAGAGGCGGCGGCUGCGCGAGGAAGAGGAGCGGCGCAGGCAGCUGGAGGAGCUCGAGAGGCAGGAGAAGGAGGAGGAAGAGAGAAAACGGAUGAAGCAGGACAUCGAGAGACGGAGGAAGGAGGCCACCGAGAAGAGGCUCAAAAACCUGAGCAUCUCGAGUUGCGAGGGCGAGGAGGUCUUCUGCCCACUGAGCCCCAGGAGCCCCACGUUUAAGAGUGAGGCAGAUGAGAGGGUGACAGCCGAGACCACCUACACGAUUACUGAACGGACGGAGUCUCUGAAUCGGUCCCUGAAGAAAAGUAACAGCGUUAAGAAGAUGCAGCCCCCCGUGCCCAUCUCCAAGAUCGAUGACAGAAAGGAUCAAUACACUCACGCCGUGGAGACCUCCUUGAAAGAAGCCAAACCAGACAAACAGCCCCUGAUGGACAUUCCACAUGGCACAGAACCCGUGUCCAGCAUGAAGUCCCUGUGGGAAGGCAGUGAGCCUGGGAGCCACGCUGGUGCCAAAGUGACCCCGUGUAAGGAAACAGAAGGUUUGAAAGUUGGAGUCGCUGACCUCAUCACUCAGUGGGUUAAAGGAAAUCCUGACUGCAGCAGCAAGAGCUCCCCGUCAAAACCUGCCGAGAUAAAGGCCGGUGACGUACUGAGCAAGAAGAACAUCUGGGAGCUGAAAGGCGACUCUUCUCCCAGUCAGGCCAGCUCUGUGUCAAAGAGCACUCCAUCUGGCAAGAGGUACAAAUUUAUAGUGACCGGCCAUGGGAAAUACGAGAAAGUGCCGGUCAGCGAUGACCAGUCCAUGUCGUACGCCAAUGGGAAGUCAGCUGGAGAGCCGCGGGAGGACUCGUGAGAAGACCAGCCCUGCGCUCCAUUUUAUUUUUAUUUGUAAUGUUUUAUAUUUAUAUCUUUGCCCUCCCCGUAGCUUUAGUCAACACUUUCUGUUCCGUGUUUCCGUGACGCACAUCGCCCUGCACGAUGCCAGGUUUCAUUUGUGAAGAAGAGUCCUAACUAGAUGUCGCACAUGAGGGAUCUCAGCGUGACAAUGUGACCUUUUUGGAUGGCCACUUUAAAGAUGAUUCUUUCUCGCUCUCUCCGGUUUGGCUGGCGCUGGUUUCUUUGUCACGCGCUGAGCUCCCUUCGGAUUUUAGUUUCAUUUUUAUUUUCCUCGCCAGUCUUUAUGCGCACACCGCUCCGGUUUUCCGUUUCUCUUUCGCACCGCAACAGCACAAAGGUGGGGGUGAGAGCCGUGACGCCACGCCCACUCACGUGAAGAUGACCAAUGGCGGCCCGACGCGCGCUGUUUUGGGGUCGCUGGCCUGAUGUCUGCCACUGUAUGGUCUCAUUCAAAUUAAAGAUGUCUUUUCUUAAAGCCCCA